GCCAAGUCUGGGUCAGGAUUCACUGAUAGGCUCACAGAGGUCCGGGGCCUCUGUCUUCAGUUUGGGGGCAUAAGGGCAACUUUGUGAUGGGUCCCUAGAGCCUCCCCAACAGUGAUUGCCUGUCCCCUCCCCUCUCCCAUCUUGGGGACGCCCUGCCAGGAAGUGACCCUCCUGUUCGUGACCCUCAGAGGCAUGGAUGAGGCUGACCCUCCCAGGCCCUCCGCUCCCCUGGUGGCUUCUCCCGUGGCCUCUCCCGCAGUCUUGUGACUUCACAUGCUCCGUGGUGUCCGGGGCUGCCGAGCAGGCCCGCAGACGGCAGCGAGAGCAGCGGUGCUAUGUUGACUCACGGCUCUGGUGACCAGAUGCCUGAAUCCAGGUGUUGAGGGGCUGGGCUACCUCGGAGGCUCCAGGGGAGGACCCUUCCUGCCUCUUCCAGCUCCCAGGAGGCCUGGUGCCCUGGGCUAGUGGGUACCCACCCAUCUCUGUCCCGUCUUCACCGUUCCACGUCCCUGUGGGCCUCACGUCUGCCCCAUAGAGGACAGGGAAUUGAGGGCCUCGAGAUCCUUGCCAUCUGCAGACCCUACUUGUAAGCCAUCCCCAUUGGCAGGACCUGGGGGAGGGCUGGGCCCGUCUCAGAGCGACUCUCCACAGGAGCGGGCCGUCCCCAUGGCCGCCGGGUUGACGGUGGUGGCCCUUGUUCGCCGUUUCCUCCCGGACAUGCUGCUCUCUCCACAGGCGGAAGACCCCGCGCCUCGCCGUCGGCCCCUUGCAGGACGUGCGGCCCUGCUCCGCAGGUGCCCUCUGCUCUUGGCUCAAGAUGAUUUGAUGUUCGCUGCCAUAGCUUGUUCACCAUGAUGGCGACGCAGGCGCUGAGCCUGGACGGCUACCAGGACGGGCAGCAGAUGCAGGUGGUCACCGAGUUAAAGACUGAGCAAGACCCCAGCUGCUCUGAGCCUGAGGUGGAAGGGGUGAGCCCUCCCCCCGGGAGCUCGCAGACACCGAUGGAUGCAGACAAGCAGGCCAUUUACAGGCAUCCGCUCUUCCCCUUGCUGGCUUUGUUGUUUGAGAAGUGUGAGCAGUCCACACAGGGCUCGGAGGGCACCACGUCUGCCAGCUUCGACGUGGACAUCGAGAACUUCGUGAGGAAGCAAGAGAAGGAGGGGAAGCCCUUCUUUUGUGAAGACCCGGAAACUGACAACUUAAUGGUAAAAGCAAUCCAGGUUUUGCGUAUUCACCUCCUUGAGCUGGAAAAGGUCAAUGAACUCUGCAAAGAUUUCUGCAGCCGGUACAUCGCCUGUCUGAAGACGAAGAUGAACAGCGAGACGCUCCUGAGUGGGGAGCCUGGCAGCCCGUACUCCCCCGUCCAAUCCCAGCAGAUUCAAAGUGCCAUCACCGGCACGCUCAGCCCCCAGGGAAUCGUGGUGCCUGCCUCUGCGCUGCAGCAGGGAAACGUCACCAUGGCAACCGUGGCAGGUGGCACAGUCUAUCAGCCUGUCACAGUUGUCACUCCGCAAGGCCAAGUAGUGACACAGGCCUUGUCACCCGGGACCAUCAGGAUCCAGAACUCCCAGCUUCAGUUGCAGUUGAACCAGGACCUGAGCAUCCUGCAGCAGGACGACAGCUCGGCCAAGAACAAACGGGGCGUCCUGCCCAAGCACGCCACCAACGUGAUGCGCUCCUGGCUCUUCCAGCACAUCGGGCAUCCCUACCCGACGGAGGACGAGAAGAAGCAGAUUGCCGCUCAGACAAACUUGACACUUCUCCAGGUCAACAACUGGUUCAUCAACGCCAGGAGGCGCAUUCUUCAGCCCAUGCUGGACUCCAGCUGUUCAGAAACUCCCAAAACAAAGAAAAAGACUGCUCAGAACAGACCCGUCCAGAGGUUUUGGCCCGACUCCAUCGCCUCUGGCGCCGCGCCGCCGGCCCCCAGCGACCUGGCCAUGUCAGAAGGAGCUGUGGUCACCAUCACCGCGCCCGUGAGCAUGAGUGUGGACAGCCUGCAGUCUCUGUCCUCGGACGGGGCCACGCUGGCCGUGCAGCAGGUCAUGAUGGCGGAGCAGAGCGAGGACGAGUCUGUGGACAGCACGGGGGACGGCGGGGCAGCGCUGGGCCCUGGCCACAUUGGCGGGCUGGUCCUGGAGAACAGCGACUCCCUGCAGUAGGCGGGCCGGCCGCCUGGAUGGCUGCGGGUGGCAGCAGGCGCCGCGCAGCCAUGCCCGAUGUUUUGUAUUAGAUGUAGGAGCGUGCACUUUUGUACCCAGUCAGCUUCGGAGCGUGCUUCCGGGCUGCGCCUUCGCCGGGCGCAUGCGUGCGUGUGUUGGGUUUGUGCGGAAGUUCUUUACAGGUCUGACUCUAGACGUGUGCGGGCACCGCUCGCCCUGACCAGGUUGAGAAGGGGCGCUGCUGUGUCUGGGGGACGACGCAGCGUCCCUAAGUUCCUGGUUCAGAAGGGCCCGGGGCCGACGCCUUUUUGUAGCCCUUGGACUCGAGAGAGGCCUCUGCACGCCGAGCCUGCCGUGGUGGCGGGCGAUCUGAGCUGCGGGUGGCAGCUGAGGACGCCCGGGUCCCCGACUUCAGCGAGCCUGUUUGAUUUGCUGUAUAGAAGAAGAAACUCCUAUUUUUACCUUGCUGGAAUUAUUGGAUAAAAAGCUAUUUUUAUAAAUUGGUUAUGAAUUGGAUUAUGACUAUAUUGAAGAUAAAAUUUCUAGAGAAGAAACAAUAUGUGCUUACUAUUCAAUUUGGAAUGUUCUGGAUUGGCCAAAUUUAAUGAACCUGCCCAAAGUUUGCUGGCAUUCUGUGGUUUUCUGCUACCCCAGAGUAGUAAAUGGCAUUUACUACUGUAAAAGAAAACAUUGGUAUCUUCAAAAUACCAUUUAUUUGUAAUGCUCAGACUGCAUUUUACAUUGACCCAAGCAUGUGUCUGAAGGUUUUGCUACAUAGGACUUAGGUAAGUUGCGUGAACGGUUGCAGUGAUCAGUUCCCAGUUCCCACCAUACCUGCUUCAGUCUGAUUUCAACCUGACUGCAGUUGAAUGGCUCCCAGGCCAUGUUAGCUGUGCACUGUUUUAGGGUUUUUAGCCACCCACAUGUUAUGCAUAGAAGGUUUGUUCUAACUAACACACAGUGGCCCCGCCUGGUGGCACAGAACAAGGCCCCCUGCCCCCCUGGGUCCACCGCCAGCUGCUGCCCCUUGCUGGCCAGAAGGCCGCUCAGCUGCCGGCUCACACGCUGAGCUCUGGUCCUGCCUGGACACACUCUCCCGCAGGGGAUGUCCAGAGCCCUCGACUCCGACGUGGCCAUGUGGGGUGCGGAGCUCCCUUGGGACCGAGGCUUCCGGUGACCAGGCUAGGCGAGCGUGGCCCCUGUUCCGUGGACUUCAGUUUUGAUUUGUUCCCGCUUCCGUCGGCAGAGGGGAUCCCCACGUGCAGGGAGAGGCUCUGCCGUCCUAGGGGCUCCCGGCCCGUGGGCCUCUGGGGGCCUGGCUGUCGUCCGUCCUCCAGGGUCAGCGGCCGGCAGCUGUGGACCAGCAUUACACUGAGGGAGACUUUGAGUUAACAAAGAUUUUUUUCCUGGAACUGACAUCCCCCCGAAAAAAGUGUAUUAAUUAGAGUUAAUUACACGAGAGUGCUUCACAGAUAACUUUGAAGGCAGCACAAAAUAUGUAGAAAUUUCUUUUUAAAUAUUUCGGGAGCUUUAAAAGAAAAAUUCGACUAUCGGCUCUUUUGGGGAAAAAAUAACAUUUUUAAGCAACUAUUGCAUUCCUUAUUUGUAAACCGUUUUUACUAUUUUAAGUCAAGUCUGCAUAAAUUUAAAAGGUCAUUUUAACUUAAAUUGUCUUGGUUGGACUUCUUGAAAAUGAGGCCCUGUGCAAGCCAGCCCUCCCCCCGUGGACUCCCCUCUGGUGGGAGGGACGCACGGGGGGCUGCGGGGAGGGGCCGCGGUGGGCACGGCCUGAGGCCCGUCCUCUGGUCCCUUGAACGAGCUGGGCCCUCGGGCAGCCGUGACGGGCCGAGAGCACCUGAAACGCCUGCGCUGAGCUGCAUCCGGCACGGGCAGCUCUACCCCCGUCUGCCGCUCGGGAGGGUCCUGGAGGGGUGCUGGGCCCGUGCUCCGGGGCGGGUGCUUCCCCGGCCCCAGACCAGCUCCAGCCGGGCCCCCCAGCUCCGGGCUCCAGGUAGUGGCGCGGCCUCACUGCGUAGGGACGGGCUUACCCUCCAGGGUGGGACGGGCCUGUCCUGCCCGCGGACACGGUGCCAGGCGGCCCCUGCCGUGCAGAGCGGGCACCUGCCUUCCCACAGGCCGCUCCGCCGCAGCGGAGGCCUCUGCCGCCAGGGACCGCGGCCCGCAAGCCCCUUCUUCUGGGCCUGCUUGGUCUGGAGCUGACAAUCUUUAAAAUGUGAAUACUGUAACAUGUUUUCUCGGAUUGUUGUCUUUAAAAGGGAUUUUUGUGAAGCAAUUGAUUUAUCCAAGCAAAAAAAUUAAAAAUAGAAACACGCCUUACGGACGUCUUAUUCGCUAAACUCCUGUC